AUGUCAAAUUUAGCGCGAACCAAUUGGGUGCGUUGCCCCAAGACUAUAGGCUUCCUAAGAGUCCAAGCAAGCUUGUGUGCUGUUGACGAUUCAUAUCGGAAACCCAUGCUUACAAAAAUGUUUCUAGGUUGUCUUCUCUUCUUCCUUUCCAGUAUCCACGCCUCUAAUGCCUUCUCGCCAUCAUUUGCCCCCACUUUCGAUGUUAUUGAGGAAUGUCUACCUCGAACUCUCAUCUCCGGGGUAGCUGAAUACCUCAAACAAAUCAUGUUGGUUACCGUGGAGAUGCCCAACUCUACAUCUUACCAAUUAAUGGGAACGGAUCCUUUUACGAAAAGUUUUGAUAUCAAUCCUAAAACUGGUGAACUUCGGACAGUAGGUCGCAUUGAUCGGGAAUCCAUCUGCGUGCCCGAUGUGACUUCUAGAAAUGACAUCGGGAUUGAUUCAAGUUGCUUGAAGUCCCUUAAUGUGUUGAUAAAUUCUCAUGGUAUUGAUCAAGCCGCACGGUCCAGUAUACGCAAACAGAUAAUGCUAAAAAUAAUCGAUAUCAAUGAUAACACUCCAAAUUGGCCAGGGAAACGAAUCCUUACAGUAAAAUUCGUGGAGGCAUUUCAAUCUGGACCCUCCUUUGGUAAACAAGAAGUGACCACUCAGUCGCAAUUACUCGAUCGUGCUGUAGAUCCAGAUGCUGGGCCAAAUGGGACCAUCUCGUAUUCUUUAAAGGGCACAGGAGCAGAUAUGUUCCGCCUUGAGUACUCUGAUCUUGAAAAUGGUCGAUAUGACCAACAAGAUAGUAACAGUCCCCUGAGACUAAAGCCUGUAGUUCCACUUGACCGCGAAACGUUUGAGUACUAUAAUUUGACACUUUAUGCCUUCGAUGCUGGAAAUCCCCGGCGAUCAUCCAGUAUUCAACUGGAAGUCUACGUUACGGAUUUCAAUGACCAUGCUCCUGUGUUUCACAGUUAUAAUUCCGGACAUUCAGCUUAUUCUCGGGAUAACAAGCAGGGAGAUUCGGGUAGAAUUAUUCUAGAGAGAACACAUCUUAUGGAAACAGCGAGGAUUGGAAGUGAGGUACUUCGACUGAACGCUACAGAUAAAGACUCUGGGGAGAAUGCACGAAUUACUUACUCUAUUUUCCCAGGCGACGCAACUCUAGUUCAGCCUUACUUUGAUUUGGAUCCAAUUUCUGGUAUUCUACGCGUUUUGGCUGUUGAUGGAGCCCCCGAAGCCAUUCGAUUGACUGGAACCGCCUCCGUGGAGAUUGAGCUGACUGACUAUAAUGACGAACCUCCAAAUAUCGAGGUGCUGAUUCCGCAGAAUGGAAAUCUUAAUAAUGGAAACAUUGCAAACAUCAACGGUGGUAUCAACCCCAUUCUUUUGCCUGGAAGCAAACAUCAUGAACACGUCGCUUUCAUCGAAGAAUCACCAUCUCCUGACAUUGUCAUCGCCUACAUCCAGGUAUGUGUGGAAGUGAUGACUACUAUUGCCAUUAUAUAA